UGUUUUUAAUUUAGGUAACGUGUAGAUAAAAAUAAAACCACGAAGUUGUAAUGGAAUCCACUUUUCAAUAUAUGUUAACAAAAGAUGACAUAGAGAACGCUAAUGGUCAAGAUUUUGAGUAAUGGGGAUAUUGUCCCUGACAAUGAUCCCAGGGCAUCUACAGGAAGGAGUAGUUCAAGUUCUCAGCAACCUCGUCAAAGACAGGGAUUUGUGCGACACGAUGAAGCUGGACCACAGCAAUAUGGGCAGCAGGUUUCAAUAUUUGAAAUGGCUAAUCAGAAGUUACUGGGAUUAGGAAUCCCAUGCUGGAAUCUUGGACAAUACACAGUACAGCCAAUUGUAACAGUAGGCUGCCUCAUAGCUCUGAUGGUGUUUGGACUCCCUGGAAUUAUAUUUGCAGCUGUUCUCUUUUUUGUUGUUAACUGGAGUCAGCAAAAUGUUGGACAUCAAAACGCACAUGGUGGCCAAGGACAACCAAGGGGAGAUAACUGGGGUGGGGGUGGGCAUCGUCUUGGGUGAAUAUAAAUGUGAUUCGAAGAAGAAGGGGUGUCAACUGAGCAUACCUCAACUUUAAACAUAAUAUUACACCAAAUAAGAAAUGAUUGGCAAUGUUCUGUAAUGCUACAAACAUACCACAUUUUUUACAGUUUAAUCAGACUGACUAGUCAUUGAUUAGUGGUGAAAUAUUCAUGAACUGUUGUGUUCUACUUAUUUCAUAAUAUACUGCUAAAUUUAUAGAGAAUUAAUGUGAUCACUCAAAUAGAAAAUUCAAGGUACCUUUGAUGUAAUGAAUAAGUGACUAAAUAAAACUUUAAUCUAUCUGUAGGGAUCUUAAUUAUUCAUUACAUUUUUUAAUGAUAAUUAUAAUUCAUGUAAAGAAUUUUCUUUCUUUUUUUUAAGGUUCUUUUUCUACAUAAACCAAAUGGUGCUAGUAAGAUGUUUGAUACUUACCCACUAGAUUUGGCAAGUAAGUGUUUUGCAAAUAGAUGACUUGGCUUGUAUUUAUUAAUAUUCAACACUUCAGAAGUAAACAUCCAAGUUUGUCAAACAUCUUAGUGCUAUUAAUUGGUUAUGAUGUAAUUGUGUGUUCAAAUACAAAGACUUUUUCUUAAAUUCGUGUGUGUCUAAAAUUGUGUAGUAUUUUUUAAUUCUGAUUCAGAUAUAUUGUACAUGUAUUACUACUCUAUAUGUAUUGCAAUUGAUUUCAUUGAAUCACCAAUCUUGUCCCAAAUCAAGGCAGAAUAUGUUUCCACUUAAUAUCUGAGGCUAGUAAUUAUAAGGUGAUCUGUACUUUUGACUAUCUUCUACACUGCUCCUUCUAAUUCACAAGUCUUUACCCCCAACAAUGAAUACAUCCCAGGUUCUUCAUCCCCUAGAAAGCAUUCACUUUUCUGAAGGAUGGAGUAACUAAAAGACAGACCUGCUGUCCAAAAGGCUCAAACUAGGUUCUUCUCAGUCUCUAGUUGGACACUCUAUCCCUUGACUACAGGGAAAUACCCACUAGCUGAGGCAAUUAAUUUGUAUUCACAACUUCUACAGAACAUAUAUAAAGUGAACAAUUCCUUACCAAUGUAAAUUAUGUAUAUGCAUGUACCUAGUGAAUUUUAUUGCCUUUCUAUUUAAGCCAAAAACUGGGGGAGGGUUUAACUAUAAUGAGGCAAAACUCUAAGAAAAUCUUCUGAAUUUCAAAGAAAAAUAAAUUUACUGCAUUUUCCAACUGACAGACUACAGUAAAAUUCAGGUAGUUGAAAAAAAAAAUUCAAAAUGGUACCCAGAUUCAUCCCCAAGAAAUGAUCACUGAUGCAGAUGUGAAUAUAAUUCUGGUCUUGAUUUACAGAGAGAUUCUUUGUUACUUAAUGUAUAUCACAGAAAUAAAUUAUUUUAAAAUACCA